AUACCACCACCACCAACAACAGCAACAAUAAGCACAACAACAACACUAUCUCUCGCACAACAACCUACCAGCAACACUAUCAACCACAACAGCCACUACUACAAUAACAAGAGAAUUGUGUGAUACAUCAUUGAGGUUCCCUCAAUUUUGUAUCAAACCUAUCGUCUCAAUUCCCUCACACUUUCCAUUAAGACGGCAACGGAGACAUCAACUCUUCACCAGUCUUACUACCUCUUCUUCUCUCUCCCCCACACCUCGGUCUCCCUCCCUCCGUCUAUCUUUAUUACUUUUACUCUCUUUUAUCUUUCUUUACCAUUCACAGUCUUUACUCUUUAUUUCUUGUUCUCUCUUUCCCUAAUUUUCUCAUGUAAUGUUUAUUUUUCUACCCUAUCUGUUCAUAUCACUUACUCUUUGUUACUUUCUUCCCCUCCACCUUCCUAAUUCUGUCUUUAUCUGUUUCAUUCUUCUUUUCUUUCUCUUUUUUUCUCUCUCUCUAUCUGUUUCUCUUUUCUUUUGUACUUCUCUUUCUCAUUUAUCCCUCGUCUCAUUCUGUCUAUCAAUGUUUCUCUUUCCUAUUUCUUCUGUCUCUCUUAUUCGGUAUAUUUGUCACACUUUUUUCUUCGCUUAAUUUCUCCCCCCUCUUCCGCUUCUUUUUUUCUUCUUUUUCUCCUUCACUACAUGUGUGCGUAUGAGGGUGUGUAUACGAGAGAGAGAGAGAGAAAGAGACUCCGUGUGUGUGUGUGUGUGUGUCCCACACAUUCACUCUACCUUUUCUUUUUUCCUGCUUUUUUUCUAACACCAAAGUAUUAAAUUACUUCUCUCUCUUUCUGCUUCGCACACACACAUAAAUAGAUACAUACGUACACAAAUACACACACAUAAAUAAAUACAUACGUACACAAAUACACACACAUGUAUGUAUGUAUGUAUACCUUUUACUACUCCUCUCGUCCUCCGUCUCGCUAUUUCUCGCUCCCAUCUUCGUAUUUGUUUUUAUACUUCGUUGUUUUUCCUUUUUCUAUCUUCCUACUUUCCCCUAUACUUUCCAUUCUAUCUAUCUAUCUCUUCCUUUAUCUACUUCCCUGUCACUGACAGUUGUUUAAGAUUCACGCAGAGGAAUCCCAUCGGCCGUUCAGUUUACACGGAUUAAUCCCAUCUUAACCCCUUCCUCUUGUAUUACUCUAACCUGCUCGUAGAAGCCGGCUCAACUGCCUCUAUCUGUUGCUACCAAUUUUACAAACAGCGCUACUGGACGGACUACUGAGACUCUUCUGCCUGUCUUUUCCUCUCUCUCCCCUAUUUGUCUUUAACACACACAAACAAUAUAUAUAUUACACACACACACUUGUAUGUACGUAUGUAUAUAUAAUUGGAGUUGUGUAUUCCAAACUUUUUCUUCACAGAGAAAAAGGAAAAAAAAAAAAAAUUACCCUUAAUAUGUGAUUUAGUAAUUGUGUUUAUACCCAUAGACAGCAUAUACACACAAUCACACACAAAUUGUGUGUGUAUAUAUAUAUAUAUAUAUAUAUAUAUAUAUAUAUAUGCAAGCCCCUAAUGUUCUUCAACGAAUAUUAUUUGGUUUUCACACAAUUCCCACCGUAUUUGUGGGUUUGUGGCUGAGCGGAAGUAUAUAAAUUUAAGGGCACGAAGUUACACACACAUACACACACACAUAUGAAAGAAAGAGGAGCGGAAAUUGAAUAGAAAAAAGAAACUCGCACACAUGCACUGUACACUCAGAAAAAAAAACAUUAAACAUUAACAUGUAUACUGUAUAUAUUUUGUAAAUAUCGAUAUGCGGGUGAAAUAUACUUUAGUCGAUUUAUAACAAAGACUUCUAGGAGAAGGAAGAGGGAGAAAUAAUAAGAAAGAAAGAGAGAGUGAGAGAGAGUGAAAACUGCAAAGAGACAGCGUGGGCGACCGACCAUGCACUUUGACAAUGCUUUGGGUAAAAUGAUGGAAUUUCACAAACGUCUACGACCAAAACGGGAUUCGAAGGUGAUACCAAAAGUGUCAUCUGUAGGGGAAGAUCUCACCUAUUUGGAGAGAGAUCGCUCAAUCACCACAGACCCAACAGAGAGCAAGAAGAGAAGGACAAUAAAGUUAAUACGAACAAAUUCAUCAUGGGGCUUCACCUUACAGACAUAUGGUAUACGACACAAGAAAAAUAAUGAAAUUGAAAUCACAACUUAUGUAGACUACGUGGAAAUCGACAAGCCAGCCUGGAUUGCAGGGAUGCGACAAGGUGAUGUUAUCUUAUCUGUGAAUGGUGAUAGUGUUGAGCAAGCAACACAUCAACAACUGGUAGAGAAGAUCAAAUCUUGCGCUCGCUACAUGAGGUUGGUUGUCCUUUUUGAAGAUUGUUGCAGGAAAGUAGAAUUACAUGACCGCUAUAUCAAACUAAAGAACAUUCUCAGAGAGAAAAAACGGGAACUGAAAUUACUAAAUGAACAAGAACAAAAUAUUCUUCAAGGUUUGUCAAGAACAGAUGGAGCUCGCUUAAGUUGUCGCAGUUCAGCCAGUUCUUUGGACAGUGCUUUUGACCAGUACAGUUUAAUUCGACCAUGUUCUAUGAACAAUCUUCCAAACAUCUGCCAUUUUUCUUAUACCCCAAUUUCAUGCGAUACCGAUGCCAACAACAGCCAUGGUAGUGAUACCUCAGAGCUUGCAAGCAUUUUGGAAAGAACCGGUGUCGAUUCAGAUUCUGACACCUGCAGUAAUUUCUCAGUGGCAGCAAGCACAGAUACUCAAGAAUGUCUUUCAGUGGUUCUUUCAACUGAAGAAUCAGCAUGUUGUAAACCAAAAACUGUUGCUGAUAAAGAACAAUUUUCUACUGCUGAGGAGGACAGUGAGUUAGAACUCAAGAACUGCAGUACCAACUGUUUAAAUAAAAGCCUUUUUCCCCAGUCAGACAGUGAUCCUCCUAAUGAACACAUCAACCAGAAAGAUGAAGUUACUCGAUUAUGAAAUGACACAAAAAUCUGAAAAUAAUCAAAAGCUUUGAAUUUUUGUGUUGUUAUUAUUAUUAUUAUUAUUAUUUUUAUUAUUAUUUUUCACAUCUGUUCUUUCGUUUAAAAUGUGCUUCAAUACAUUUGGAUUAGCAGUAUUGUUUGUGCAGUGGACAAAUGCCAUGUGGCAUUUGUUCCAGCUCUUUUACAUUCUGAGUUCAUCCUUUCGGGGGUUGAUAAAAUAUGAAGAUAUAGUCAAGUACUGGGGGUUAAUAUAAUAGACUAACCCAUACCCUAAAAUUUCUGGCCUAGUGCCUACCAUGCACACACACACUUCACGUAAAUUCAUAAAUGAUACACAGACGGAAUACAUAUGCUGAUCCAACAUAUCUCUGAAGAUUUCGUUUACGGCAAUACAAGGGCAAGAGAAUGGCAGAAUUGUUAGAGUGACAGACAGCAAAAAGCCUUGUGGUAUUUAGUUGCAUACCUUUAUGUUCUGAGUUCAAAUCCUGCUGAGGUCAGCUUUGCCUUUUAUCUUUCUGAGGUUGAUAAUAAAAUAAGUAUUGGUUGAAGAGUACUGGGGUUGAGCUAAUCAACUGUAGCCAGCUCCCAAAUGUUGAGGCCUUCAGUAAACAUGAUUAUAGCUUUACAUUAUAAAUAAAAGACUAUAACAAUGGAAAGAAAUGUAUCAGUGAUAUUUCAUGUACCAUACAUACACACACACACAUACAUAUUCGUGUAUGUGUGUGCAUGUGUUUACAUCAUCAUUAUUUAACGUCCACUUUUUCAUGCUCACAUAGGUCAAGCAGAAUUUCUUGAGGUAGAUUUUCUAUGACCAGAUGCCCUUCCUGUCACAAACUUUCACCUGCUUCCAAGCAUUGUAAUAUCUCCCUAAUGGCCAGACAUGUUUCUCAUGGAAGACAGGAAAUGAACAACACUGUUCAUAUGAUAGUGAUGUGCACUUACAACCGUGAUGUCAAAACAUGGAUACACACACAUAUACACACACGCACACAUAUAUGACAGGCUUUUUUCAGUUUCAGUCUGCCAAAUGCACUCACAAGGCUUUGGUUAGCCUGGGCUUACUAGAAGAUGCUUACCCAAGGUAUCACAUAGUUGGACUUGAUCUAAGACUCAUAGUUGGGAAGCAAGCUUCUGAACCACAAGGCCACAUGUGUGCACGUAUGUUUGUGUGAAAAUUAUGAAAAACCCUAUUUUGUAAUUUGUUCUUAUGUCCUCAACCCAUCACCUUUAUAGCAGCAAAAGAAACCAUGGUCACCAUCAUCAUUAUUAUUUUUAUUAUGAUAAUUAUAUAUUAUUAUUAUUAUUAUUAUUAUUGACUUGACAGAACUGUUAGGGCAUUUGUUCAUACUCUUUAUGUUUUGAGUUCAAACCCUCCUGGGGUCCAUUUUGCCUUUCACCUUUUCAGGGUCGAUAAAAUAAAGUACCAGUUAAGCACUAGGGCUGAUUUAAUUGACUUAACCCUUCAAAAUAUUAGGCCUUAUAUUUAGAUUACAAACAUUAUUAUUAUUAUUAUUAUUAUUAUUAUUAUUAUUAUUAUUAUUAUUAUUGAUGGAUUAGCAGAAUCGUUUGUGUCAGACAAAAUUCUUGCAGCAUUUCUUCUGGCACUUACGUUCUGAGUUCAGAUCCUACCAAGGUCAACUUUUCCUUUCAUCCCUUCCAGGUCGAUAAAAUAAAAUACCAGUCAAGUACGGAAGAGGUGGGCGUGUCAUAAUAGUUGACUCACCCGCUCCUGCAAAAACAGCUGGCCUUUUAUCAUAAUUUGAAACAAUUACUAUCAUUAUUAUUAUUAUUAUUACCCUGUGGUGGAUUGAUACAGUGUUGCACAAAAUGCCUCAAGGUAUUUAAGUGUAUUCCUUUUAGUUCUGAGUUCAAAUCCUGCCAUAGUCAAUAUGUCCUGCCAUGCUUCCAGAGUCGAUGAAGAAGUACUAAUCAAGUACUGAAGCUGAUAAUCGACUAUCUCCUCCCCGCUACACACACACACCUAAAUAUGAGGCCCUUGUGCCUAUGUUAGAAAUCCUCAUUAUUAUUAUUACCCUUCAUCUAAACAAUAAAAUAAUGAUAUGCAUUAUUUUUCCUUACUUUUUUAUAUAUUCUGUAUAUACACCCACUUUUUCAUCAUACAAAUACUCUUUCCACACAUACAUAAACAAGGACUUAGAUAAAAAGGAAAAAAAAAAAAAUGCCAUCCUUCUUUGUAUUAUCAAAUACCUCCCACUAUGAAAAAAAAAAAAAAGUGUGGCAGUAAGUGAAUGAAUGUGAUAACUGUUGAUUCUGUAUAUUUCUAAAGACUAAUAUUUCCAAUAACCUUUUUGAUUUGAUCAAAUUAAACUAGCCUGCUCUUUCAGGCAUCUCACAUGGAAUAUAUAUGAAAAAGAAAUAAAAAUCAAAACCUUGGGGAUUAUAUCUCUAUUCUUUGAUUAUCCAUGGAAGAGGGCAUGAUAAAAUUUUUUUUUAUUUUUUAUUUCAGAAAUAAAAUUGUGAUUCUUUUAAAACCUCCUUGAAUCAUAAAA